GGAGGAAAACUGAAUACACAACACUUAUACAUAAUUUUAAUUUAGAUAAAAUGAAACGGGACGCCUACGGCGACGAUGGUCCGAUGCAGAAGCGUCAGCGACAGACCGACGAUGAGGUCACUUUCCUUAUACCGAGCAAGGUGGCCGGCUCGAUUAUCGGGAAAGGAGGCUCAAACAUAUCCAAGUUAAGGAAUGAGUACAAAGCCUCUAUAACAGUCCCAGAUUGCCCCGGCCCCGAACGGGUUCUGUCCAUAACGGCGUCGGAUAUCGAUACGAUUAUGGAAAUUGUAAAAGACAUUCUUCCAAGUUUGGCUGAUGUGAGUGGGUCCAGUGAUGACCUGGACGUCCGCCUACUGAUACACCAGAGCCGAGCCGGCUGCGUCAUCGGCAAGGCCGGGUCGAAGAUCAAGGAACUUAGAGAGAAAACGGGCGCCCGGCUGAAGAUCUUCUCGAACCCCGCGCCGCAGAGCUCGGAGCGCGUGGUGCAGCUGGUGGGCAAGCGCGACGCCGUCGCGGCCGGCGUGCGCGAGGUGCUGCACCUCGUGCGACAGGUGCCCAUAAAAGGUGUUAUCCUGAAUUAUGAUCCGCACAACUAUGACGAUUUCUACGCUGAUGAGUACGGUGGCUUCGGCAGCGGUCAAGGCCCCCGCGGCGGACCGCGUGGAGGCCCCCCUCGUGGGCCGCCCCGAGGCCCCCCACCCAUGGGCCCCGGUGGACGGCCCCCGCCGCCCCGAGGAGGUCCUCCGAUGUCGCGCAGUGGGCCCCCUCCGCCGAGACCCUUCAACGAUUUCGCGGGACCCGGACCUCGAGGAAACUUUAACGGACCCCCGCGUGGCAAUUUCGGCGGGAGCGGCGGUAGUUUCAAUAGCAACUUUGGAAACAAUCGCUCUUCGUCCGGCGGUAAUUUUAAUGGAAACGGCGGGAACCAACAGGAAACCACUACUCAAGUUACCAUUCCCAAAGAUCUGGCGGGCGCUAUAAUCGGCAAGGCGGGCUCCCGCAUCCGCAAGAUCCGCGCGGAGAGCGGCGCCGGGAUCGAGAUCGCGGAGCCGCUGCCGGGCGCCGCCGACCGCAUCAUCACCAUCUCCGGCACGCCGCAGCGCAUUCAGAAGGCGCAGUACCUGCUGCAGCAGAGUGUACACGAGAGUAACCCGAAUUUGGGACGUGGAAAUUUUUGAUUUCAAAUCAUACAGUAAAUCAUUUAAGUGGGGGUUAGGGAACUAUUCUGUACCAGAGGCUCACAUUUGUUAAUGAAAUAUUUAAUAUAAUAUAAAAUAUAAUAAAAAGGAUUGCAUACAAUUAUAAAUGAAAUAAUUCUAACUUUUAAUAAAAAUGUUUAUUUGCUCAUCUAAAUGGAUUGAUUGUAAGCCAAUAAAAAUAUUUAUAUUUUAAACAGUCUUGUCUAUACAUUUUGCAACAUUGAUCUGACUUAUUAAUAUGUAUAUGUAAUUGAGCACGUACAGAAAUUCUUUUUACAUUGUAUAUGUUUACUAAUACAGUGAAAAGGUCUUUAUCAUAAAGCCAAAUAGUGCACUCUUUAGCAUUCGCUAUAGAUGAGUAAAAGUAAAACCAAUGUUAUAAGAGUACCAAUUAUUAUGAUCUGUUAGGAUCGUGAGUAAUAAACUCUAGCUUGUUCUUAACAAAACUACUUCUUAUACUAAUUUGUAUUUCAAGUUUAAUGCCGUGGGCUUGUUGCAAUCCUUUAUUUCAACAUUUAACAACCUGGUUUUCUUUAAUUUAUAACAUUAAUUUAACCAGAUCUGUUAUAAUAUAUAUACAUGGUAUUAUCGUCUAUUUACGGGUUUAAAUUUAACCAGUAAAUGUAAAGAAAUCGUAGGAUACGCAUUUAUCAUUCAUAAUUAUAAAGUUAUUUAACUAAGAUUGUGUUUAAUGGCAAUGAUUUUUAAUUUUCUGAUGAUUUGUUACAUCUAUCUAUUUUUAAGUGAAUAGCAAAUAAAAUAAAUAGUUUUAUUUUGUGAA